UGGGAAGUAGGGGAAAUGAAGUGAUGUUAUUUCAGUGGCAUUGUCCUUGGAAAGACGAAGACAAGACUCAUCUACUCUCUUAAUCAAAUAUUCAAUUCCCAUUAAACACGCUCUUUAUAACUUCAUCAUUUACAUCGCUUCUUAUCAAUUCAUUCCUCUUUCUCUCUCUAUCCGUUUUUUUUUGUUGCGCCGGAGAGAGAAAGAGAAAGAGAAAGAGAAAGAGAAAGAGCAGGCAUGGCUAUUGCAGCUGCUGCUGUUGUGGUUCCAUUAGGCCUGCUCUUCUUCACCUCAGGCCUCAUCGUUAAUCUCAUUCAGGCAACAUUCUAUGUUCUUGUAAGGCCGCUGUCAAAGAAUUUGUACAGACGGAUCAACCGGGUGGUGGCAGAACUGUUGUGGCUGGAACUUAUUUGGCUUAUUGAUUGGUGGGCUGGAGUUAAGGUCCAAAUAUACACGGAUAGCGAAACUUUUCGUUUGAUGGGUAAAGAACAUGCACUUGUCAUAUGCAAUCACAGAAGUGAUAUUGAUUGGCUUGUUGGAUGGGUUUUAGCUCAGCGUUCAGGUUGCCUUGGAAGUACUGUAGCAGUGAUGAAGAAAUCAUCAAAGUUACUACCGGUAAUUGGCUGGUCAAUGUGGUUUUCUGAGUAUCUUUUCCUGGAGAGAAGUUGGGCCAAGGAUGAAAACACAUUGAAAUCAGGUAUACAGCGGUUGAGAGAUUUUCCUCUUCCUUUUUGGUUGGCUCUCUUUGUAGAAGGAACACGCUUCACAAAGGUUAAAUUGUUAGCUGCUCAGGAAUAUGCUGCAUCCACUGGAUUACCUGUUCCUAGAAACGUGUUGAUUCCUAGAACUAAGGGGUUUGUUUCGGCUGUAAGUCAUAUGCGCUCAUUUGUUCCUGCCAUUUAUGACAUAACAGUGGCUGUCCCUAAAAGUUCUCCUGCUCCAACAAUGCUAAGACUCUUAAAUGGGAAACCUUCUGUGGUACAAGUUCAUAUCAAACGACAUUUGAUGAAAGAAUUACCAGAAACAGACGAAGCUGUUGCUCAGUGGUGUAAAGAUAUAUUUGUGGCCAAGGAUGCAUUGUUAGACAAACACUUAGCCGAUGAUACUUUCAGUGAUCUAGAGCUGCAGGAUACUCGCCGACCAAUAAAGCCUCUUGCGGUAGCUCUAUCUUGGGCUUUUGUGGUUGUCGCAGGCACUGCGAAGUUCCUACAAUGGUCUUCGUUGCUAUCAUCGCGGAAGGGUGUUGCAUUUUCAACCUUGGGUUUGGCAGUUGUUACUGGCCUCAUGCACAUCUUGAUUUUAUUCACACAGGCAGAGCGUUCUAACCCGGCCAAGGUAGCCCCUGCAAAGCCAAAGAACAAGGAAGAAAAACCCGAGGCUACAAAUGACAAACAACAGUAGUUUACAGAUGUGCUUGUUCAAACCCAAAACUACAAAUGUGUUUGUUCACCUCAAAAACCUGCAUAGACACUGUAAUACUAAUUAUUUCAACUUCAAAAGCUACCAUGUUGUGGUAUCCAAUUCUUACAUGUGUAUGCUUAGUUUUCAACAUAAUUAGGAUAAUAACUUUGAAAGCUAUCUAAAUAUUAGGUACUAAACUGAUAUUUAUUAUCAUUUAUUCAACUA